UUUCUUUUUACUCUCAUAAAGGCUUCUCAUUUUCCUAUUAGGGUUUUUUUGAUUAGUGAUCUUCCAUUCCAAGGCAGAUGUUAAAUCUCUUUUCCACAAGCAUUGCAAUUUGCAAAGAUGAGCUCUUAAAGGUUAAAUUUUCAUUUCCCUCACAAGUUCACAACCCCAAUUUCUCUCUCUCUCUUCACAGUUUUUUCUUCCAUGGUCUUGAAAUCAUACUGAUUCUAUUAGUUCAUAAGCAUUCAAGUUAGCAGCAACACCUUAGGCUUGGCUUUGCUGAUCUUAUUCUUCUCAUCCCAAUUAUCCCAUCUCCUCAAUUCCCUUUUCUUCAUUGGUUUCUACCUUAAUUGGGAAAACCCUAAUUUCCACUUCCCUUUUUCUGUCUCAAUUUUGAUCUUACUCGGUUGUUUUUUUGUACUGGGACAACUCUUUCAACUUCUUUUCGAUAUAUUUGAUUGAUUGCUGCAGUUUCUAUCUACACCCAGUUCUGCUAUAGCUUUUUCUUUUUUGGAGUACAGCCUGAUUAUGGUUGUAAGGCUGUGCUUCCGUUACUAAAGGGUGCUCAGAAACUGUAUUUGCACGCAAUGGAACCCUGCAUUACAGUAGGGUUUAGCUCAAAUUCGAAUUGAGUCAAUUAGGGAACUGAUGUAAUUGAAUGUUUUCUUGAAUGAUUUUGAAUACGCCGUUUUUUCUUCAUAUUUUUGUUGUGCAUUGCUGCUUGUGCAAUGUCGGACGAUAUGCUGCUUCAUUUCUCCUCCAAUUCUUCCAACCAAUCGGAUCAGUCUCUGCCCACCAAAAUGGCCAAGCUCGAAGCUCGUAUGGUUGGUAAGACCUCGUCCACUCAGCAGCCUGCUCAGCUGCAGUUGACCAGGACAUCUGUCUCUUCUGCUGUGAAAUUCGUCGCCUCUGAGAAUUUGAUCGAGCCUGCCACUUCGAGUGAUUCUGAUGACGGCACUGGGGACGAAUUCCUAAUCCAAGCCAACACUCAGAAGCGGCAGAAACUUCAAGAAGCCAAUGACUCAACCCUUCCUGAACGUGUUGAGGCAGUGGAUGAUGGAAAGCAAAACAUGGUGGAAGUGAUGGAGACCAAAAAGUGUUUGGAUGUAAAUAGGAAAAAACAAGGUAGAGGAAGGGGACAAUCCCUCUCAGGUAGAGGUCGUGGGUCAAGAGCUAAUGAUCAGAUGAAAUCACAAAUUUCUCUCUCAACAAUUCCACCUACAAAUGGUCAACAAGACAAUUUAUACCUUAAGGAUGGGAUGUCCAAAGAGCAGCUUCGGAUAGAUAAUCAAUCUCCUAUGGAGGAAGAGUUAGUCUCUUUACGGGCAAAAGUUGCUUCAUUGGAGGAAGACCUGCGAAAAUCACGUCAGGAGUCCUCUGAAUAUCAAAAUCUUUACCAUGAAUUUGAAAAGGAGUUGAAGGAGAUCAAAGAUUACGAACAGCAGAUGAAGCCUAAGAGAACAAAAGUACUAUCUGAUUUGCUGAUAUCUGUUUCAAAAGCUGAGAGACAGGAAGCAAGGAUGAAAGUCCGUCAAGACUCCUUGAGACUCGGCAAUGUGGGUGUAAUCAGAGCUGGAACAGUCAUAUCUGAAACAUGGGAGGAUGGACAAGCAUUGAAAGAUUUAAAUGCUCAUCUUAAACAAUUACUAGAAACCAAGGAGGCCAUUGAACGACAGCGCAAGUCCUUGAAGAAAAGACAGUCGGACAAAGGUGAUGGGGCCGAUGCUGAACCAGGAGCUCAAGAAGAGGACAGUUUCAUUCAGGAUGAGAUCUACAAAUCCCGUCUGGCAAGCAUCAAGCGUGAAGAGGAAACUAUUCUACGUGAAAGGGACCGCUAUGAACUUGAUAAAGGAAGGCUUAUACGGGAAAUGAAGCGGAUACGAGAUGAGGAUGGUUCCCGUUUCAACAAUUUUCAGAUUCUAAAUCACAGAUACACCCUUUUAAACCUUCUUGGGAAAGGAGGAUUCAGCGAGGUUUACAAGCAGGCUUAUGACUUGGUAGAGCAUAGAUAUGUCGCAUGUAAGCUGCAUGGGUUGAAUGCUCAGUGGAGUGAAGAGAAGAAGCAGAGUUAUAUAAGGCAUGCAAUUAGGGAGUACAAUAUCCACAAAACAUUGGUGCAUAAUCACAUUGUCCGGCUCUGGGACAUUUUCGAGAUUGAUCAUAAUACGUUCUGUACUGUCCUAGAAUAUUGUAGCGGGAAGGAUCUUGAUGCUGUUCUCAAGUCAACACCAGUAUUGCCUGAGAAAGAAGCCAGGAUAAUUAUAGUGCAGAUAUUCCAUGGCCUUGUUUACUUAAACAAAAGGGCACAAAAAAUUAUCCAUUAUGACCUAAAACCUGGUAACGUUCUAUUUGAUCAACUAGGUGUUGCAAAAGUGACAGAUUUUGGUCUCAGUAAAAUAGUUGAGGAUGAUGUUGGAUCACAGGGUAUGGAACUUACAUCGCAGGGUGCUGGAACAUAUUGGUAUUUACCUCCAGAAUGCUUUGAGCUCAGCAGGACACCUUUAAUAUCAUCCAAGGUUGAUGUCUGGUCAGCGGGUGUACUGCUAUAUCAAAUGCUCUUUGGCAGACGUCCAUUUGGGCAUGAUCAGACUCAAGAAAGAAUACUUCGCGAAGACACAAUUAUAAAGGCUCGUAAGGUCGAUUUUCCUACUCGACCAGCUGUCUCAAACGAGGCAAAGGAUUUUGUACGGCGUUGUUUGACAUAUAACCAAGUGGAGAGACCCGACGUUUUGACGAUUGCUCAAGAUCCAUACCUCACAUAUUCGAAGAAGUAAUUAUGUGACAAAAGUAUGCUUCUUGGAUCCACAUAACAGGAAAUUUAACAAGCUCUAUCUUUCAACAGCAAGCAAAGAAAGUAUAGGAACUCAUGGAAAUUGUAAACACAGCAAAGGGCUGGUCUGCCACUCUAAAGGGUUGGUCAAAGGGGGUAUUUUGAGUGAUUUGAAUUCUCCUAUCUCCAAAUAUUUGGAGGUUUGGCUAAGUUUGGAGUUGGAAAUGUUGAAGGGCACGGUGGUGACCUAAGAUCCUUGUGGUACAGUGUUCUGAAAAUGGGCUAGAGGCAGGCCCCUCAGAAGGAGGGAAAUGAGGGAAGUUCUGAUUUGCCUUUGUUUGCCCAAUUUUUUCCCUUUUGGAAAAGGAUUGAUUUUGAUGUAUUAAAUAUUUUCUUUUAGUUCAUAUGGCAUUCUCUUUUGCCGAUAGGUUAUAUGAACCGCAUUUCUACUAAGGUUUAAUGUAGAUAUGGAACUCUCAAGAAUGAAAAGUUCACAUCUAUCUUUUUAUUUAA